AUGCGAGAGGCGAAGCCAGUGUCGAUGAGGGCUAUGACGCUGGCGGUUGCCAGCACCGUCUGUAAAUGCUACGCGGUGCGGGGCCACAGGCCGGCAUCUUGGACGAUCCGGCACAGCCGACUGCCGCUCGCGUCCAUCGACGCCAUAGGUGCUUGUGGCUUCUGGUCACUUGGUAUUGGUCUUGGAUUGGAGUGGGCAGUUGCAAAGGAAGGGCACCUGGCCUACGCGGACUGCCCCGGCAAGCACCCCGAGGACCAACGGCAGUGCGAGAAGUGCGAGCACGGCAGCGGCUUCAAUGUGCGGAACACGGUGAUGGACGUCAUCCUCUCCUCGGUGAGGCUGGAGUGCCCGCAUGGAGGCUGUGGGCUCUACGUCACUUACCACAAGCUCGCCGAUCACCAGACCGUGUGUCCGCUCGCACCCUGCAAAUGCCCCGUGCCCAUCUGCGGCUACGAAGGCCCGCCGCCAGCACUCCCCCACCACAUCAGCAUCGUGCAUCCCAUCCUCGUGCACAGGAUCCAGUACGGCAAGGUGCUUGAUAACCCACAACUGCAAGUGCUAGUGUUGGAGUCGCAACUCUUGCUGUUCGCAGAGGAGGACGGUCGCGCGUUUUUCUUGGUCGGCGGCGUGCUCGGCAUCGGCGCGCCUAUCGCCGUGUCGGUCGUCCGCAUCAGAGCGGGGGCGUCCCCACUGCCGCACUACAUGGCCAAGCUGUGGGCGAACGGCCCGCCGAGGGAGCCCAAAGGCAGGACCGACGCUGUUAAGGUGGAAAUCGAGGUGACAAGUAGCAAGGAUCCUGGUGACGUCGCCGUGCAGGAGCUGCCCUUCUUUACAGUUCCGCCCAAGCUACUAGCCGGGGCUGGGUUGUCGAGGACGGUGUCCCUCCACAUUCAGAUUGACAAGCUCACCUCAUAA